AUGAUUAUCAUACUUGAAGAAAAUCCUUCAGCACCUAAUGAAAAAGAUACUGCCUUUUUACGUGAAUUACAAAGAAAAGUACGCAAUCCGAAUGAAAUUGAACCUUUAAAAAGUUUACCAUUCCCUCCAAAAUUUGAUGAACAUGUUUUUUUUAAAAGAAAAGGAAAAAUUAAUAAAAUAAAAACAAAAGCUGCAAAUG